AUGGUGGCAUUCUUCAAUGCAGAACUUCAGACCCGUGGUUUAUGUCAAUCGGUUGGUGAGCCAGUUGUGUGUGCCCAGGUCAAUUCAGAGCGCCACUUUGCUUUCAUAGAGCUACGAUCAGUUGAGGAGACCACUGCUACGUUGAGUUUGGAUGGAAUCAAUUGUCUUGGCAGCACACUUCGCAUUCGACGACCCCGUGACUACUUCCCUCCCGGAACCAAUCUCCCUGUUCAUCCAGCCAAUCACCUAAAUGCGAACGCCAUCUUCCUUACCGGGAUUCCCACGAAUCUCUCUGAGCAAAAUUUGUGUCGCCUCCUCUCCGCCUACGGAACUCUCCGAUCCUUUAGCAUGCUGAGAGUGAGUCUUCUUUUCUUCGUAUUUGUCGCUAUCUGCCUUCGACUUGCAACUUGA